GCUGCCCAAAAGGCACUGGGGUAGAACCGGGGCUGCUCCGCCUCCCUCCCCAGCCGCCUGUGUGCCAAUCUGUGAAUGAAUCCCAGCUGUGCGCCGAGGCCGCCCCCAGCCUGCGCUUGGCUGGGAAGGGUGCCCGCCAGGCAGGAGGGGCGUGGGGCGAGGCUCCGCCGGGGCAUGCACCGACACAGCCCGGGCAGAGCAGCGCGGGGGAUCGCGCCUGGCUGCGCUGCGCUGCAAGCGGAAGGGGCCGCGCUUCUCGUGCCCAGGCUGCAGCGGAUGCCCCGGCGGGGGGCGGCCCGGCGGCCAUGACCCCCGCGGCGGUGCUGAAGGAGGGGGUGCUGGAGAAGCGCAGCGGGGGGCUGCUGCAGCGCUGGAAGAAGAAGCGCUGCCUGCUGACCGAGGAGGGGCUGCGGCUCUUCGAGCCCGGCGGCUCCCGCUGCAAGGAGCUGGGCUUCGCCCACAUGCGGGCGGUGGAGUGCGUGGAGUGGAAGCGGCGGCACGUCUACUUCACCGUGGUGACCCACAGCGGCGGCGAGAUCGACUUCCGCGGCCCGCGGGAGGAGCCCGGCUGGAGCGCGGAGAUCGGCCUGGGGCUGGUGCGCUACCAGAACCGGCUGGCCAUGCAGAGCGUGCGGGCCCGGCACGGCGGCGGGGCAGCGUUCCAGUACGACCCGGCCCCGAGCGGCCAGGCCACAGACCCGGAGGGGCUCAAGGGAAGGACGGAGAUGGCGAAGGGGCACUCGCCCACCGGUGGGGAGAAUGGAGUCCCUGGCUGUGAGUGAAAGCGGGGCCCUGGCUUCAAGAGGGACAGCAGGCGUUUCAGCGCCAAAGGACCAAUGAGCCUGGACCACGUGUGCUGCUAGCUGCUGAGAACCGCCCCCUUCCCUGCAGGGCCAUUCCUGCUUCCCAACGGCCAUAGGCUGCUGCACUGUUCUCCAAGCUCUCCGGAUAGCUUGGCCCAGGGAUCCGGGGCCCACUGGCCCAGCCAAGGGCCUGCAGGAGAGGCAGGAAGGGGAGCACCUGGGGGAUAAAAGCCUAGGAUGAAAGCAAGAACCAAAGCAGGAUUGUUUCGUGCUUCAUCAGCCUGCUGCUGGCUGGACGCCAGAAGGGACUCAACUGUGCUAGUGAGUGGGGAGCCCAUCCUGCCCGCCGGACCUGCCAUGGCUCUGCUGCCAAGGCUCAGCCAGGCAUCUGUGUGAUCCACAGGCGCAUCCCUUGGUGACAAGCUGCCCUGUAGCUGAGCUGGUUGGGGCUGCGCUGAACUGGAAGUCAGCUGCCCUACGUCUCUUCUCCUGCAGGACUGGAGUAGCUGGAGAUGCAAGCUGAAGAUGCUCAAUUUCAGCAUCCAGAGAUUGAGCCUGGUGGGAUGUCAGGUGUAGGUGGGGGCGGGUUCCUGAGCAGAGUGAUUGUGUGGUGCCGCUCCCCAGUUUGGCUGGGGCCUGUGUGGUGACAGGCUUCAGCGAGAAGGUGCCAGCCUGUCUCAGCUGGUGACCUGUCUGGACAGAGGGGUUGUGAGGACAGCCCCGAAUGAAUUCCUCCCCUUGUAACAGACGGUGCAAGCGCUCACACACCCUGCCCCACUGGGUCAUGCCGGCUCUCCUGCCAGGAUGGGGAGUCGCUGCUGUUGGUGUGUCGGGACAAUUGACAAUGCGGGCACCUGGGCCGCUGACAGCAAAGGGUGGUUUGUGUCCGGAACAGUGCCCAUUCCGCACGCUGCUGCUGCUUGGUUUGCGUCUUCACCUUGUGGGGGUUCAUCUGGGGUGAACGGAGGCAGGGUGAAGGUCCCCAGAGAGACAGGUCUGACACAGGCAGUGUGCUGGGGAAGUUCUCCCAUGCACAGAUCUGCCGAUGCUCCUCAGUCCUGAUUCGCAGCCCCCUGCUAUUCCAGCCAGAGGCUCCCCCACAUACAGCUCUGCCAAUGCCCCUCAAUCCUGACCUGAAGCCUUCUGUUUUUCUGGCCCUGGGCUUCCCCCCAUCUGCCACAGACCCUCUAUUGCACCUGCUGUGCCCAUCCUGGGCCUCCAUGUGAAGGCCAAGCUGAGUGGUAAUUUUGUGACAUGGACCAAUAAAUGUUACAGGGAGAGCUCCUCUGCUGUGAUCAUUUGUUGGGUGGGGGGUGGCCACCUUGCCCCAAAGAAGGAAGAGAACUGAUUGAUGGCCCAAAGCAGCCAUGUCCUGAAUGCUCCUUGUAAAGGGUUUUUUAUGUGAUUAAAAAUGACCGCUGGGGAUUGAAACGAAACAUUUGAACGAGAGGUGUAACAAUCUGAAGGGGAGCACUGGACAUGUUCUGUUUUAUGGCUUGCACACAGCGAAGUGAGAUAAAAGCAAAUACUCUUGCUGGAA